AUGUCCGAAAGUGUACCAAAAAGUCCGAGUAAUGCUCAAGUCCUGCUUAUCUACCCACCCACGCCCGAGCCCACGUUCCAUUGUUUGUUCACCACGACGGCCUUAAUCACACUGCUUACGUUAAGCAUAUGUGGCAACUUUUCGCAACUAGCUCUACAGUAUUACUCGAGGCGGUUGAGGGUGGGGAACAGCGAUUCUAGCCCGAAUUGUACUCAGGUAGGGCUGGUUUUUUAAAAUUUUUGAAAAAUUUUUAAAAUUUAAUACGGUAAAUUAAUCUUUUCAAUUUAACAAACUAUUUUCAGUUAUACAUUGGCAUCCUGUACAUAAUCCAAUUCUUCUUCGCCCUCUCUCUACCGAGUGUAAUUGUUGAUCAUUUGGUGCAGAUCUGGAUGUUUGGUAUGAUAACAUGCGCAUCCCAUUUUGUACUAAUUAAUGUUGGCCGAACCGCCAGCGCAUGGUUAAUUGUCUUGUUGUUCUAUGAUCAAGUAAGUGGCUUUUCAACGAAAAAACAAAAGAAAGUUUAAAAACCUUGCACUUUUUGAGAUGUUAUGUUAUAGUUGGGAGAUUAAUUGGCUUUGAAAAACAUGAAAUAAGUAAAAUUUUGAAUUCAAAAAAUUAUGAAAUGUUUCGAAUCGUAUAAUAUUGGCUAAAAAUGAGAAUGUCGAGAAAAUUGGGUUCAAGAAAUACGUUUUGAAUUUCCCGCCAAAUUGGCAUUGUGUUUCAAGCUUAUAAAUUUGUCGUCUUUUCUACUUAUUUUUUAAAUAUAUUAGUAGAAAACUUUUAAAUUAAAAUACAUUUUUGAAUUUGUGAACAUAGCUGGCUUAGAAAGUAGAAAACAGUGCUUGAAACACAAUGCCAAUCUUAACAUUAUGUCCUUUCUCAAAAUAAUAAGGCUUGCUGCAAAAUAUAAAAGACAAAAUAAGUUAAUAUCUCUUCCAGGCAGUCAUUAACGGAUCUCCAAAGCCUUCGGAAAACAAACAACGGAAGAUAUUCUUCCAUUCAGCCUUAUUCGUUAUUGCCUUAUGUGCCAUAUCAAUUUUUCCAGUUUUCAAAUAUAUCAAAGUAAGUUAUCUACCAAUUAUGAGACUUAAUCUCUAUAUUUGAGUAAGAAAAAUUGUGAUUUUUGAAAUUUAAAAUUUUUUUACUCAAAUUUAGUGUUGAUAAAUUAAGAUUCCGUAUUUUUCCAUAGACAAUCUAAAAAAGAUAAGAAUAUAGUAAUUCUGUGUUAUCAUGACCAUGUAGUUGUGUUAUCAUAAGCACACAGACUCCUUCAAACCCCAAUCUUUCAGUUAGUAGAAGAAGUAAUUCAAGAAGACUACGCCAAGGACGUGGUAAUCCAUAUACGAACGUUCAAGUGCCUAACAACGUUUGGUCGCGGUUCGCAGCGACUUCUAAUCAAUGCGACAGCUUUCUUCAUUGAUUAUGUCGCUCCAUUGGCCAUGAUCACCGUAUUGAGUUUGCAUUUGUUUUGGUACUCAAAAACUCACAGAGUACAGGCCAAGGUACUGACCAGAAAAAUGCAAAACAUACGAUUGACCAUCGCUGUAUUGUUCUUUGCUUGCCAUGCACCACAUUGGAUGGCUGUGGGAUGUGUUAUAUUAUCUGAUGUGAGUUUUGAAUCAUAUUUUUUGCUAAAAAAGGACCUUUUAUAAUUAAAAAACUUUAAAAAUAGUUCUAAAAAAACAUCUUUUUUAUUUUUUUAAAAUUCUUCAGACUUAAAAUAAUCAAUUUUUUCCUUUUUCAGUACCUCGACUUCAAUCCAGCCGGCUGGCAGACCCAAUUCCUAGGUGAUGCCGCCCUCUUCGGCCCAUACCUAAUGCCAGCGUUCAUGUGGAUACCUUUAUCAGCCCUAUCAACCGCUGCUCAAACCCAGACUAAAUUCUACAAUACGUCAGCAUCAACGUUAACAGCACCUUGUAUGUCAAACCUCUACACUGGAAUCCACAUAACAGCCGUUAACAACACUCCAUCUGACUCUUCGAAUAGCUCUUUGUUGAAGCAGGAAAGUCGAGAGCGAACUGUGUCAUUGGGACAGCUACAUAAAGGUAAAAAUGUAAGUAUUAACAAUCGUGUUUCCACUAACCUUGAUGUUGUUCGUUUGACUAGUAUUUUUGAUCAUUAUAUUGAUAUUAGUACAGCUUGAUGUGCAUUUAGUAUAGUCUGAUGUGCUUUCAAAGUACUUAAAAUCCUCUGAACUUGAUUAUAUGAAGUCAGUAAAUCCUAACAUUUACUAAAACAUCGAUUUCAUGCUCAUCCUUUUCAGGUGCAACCCUUAAAGUAUGUGCGAAUGCAAAGUUUGACUACAAUGAAGUCAAUCCGCCAACAGAACACCUACAGUCAAAGCAAAAACGUGUAUCCAGUUAAGAAUACGACGAACGGCAACAAGCUACACCAUUUGACACGAAUGUUGACUGUCGAUGUUAGCAACAUCUAA